AUGUUUCGUAUAAUCAAAAGAUUUUCAAGUCAAUUAACUAAAACUUAUCAAGAUGUAGUUAUAAUUGGAGGUGGUCCAGCUGGUUUGACUCUAUUAACUGCUUUAAAAACAUCUCCAAUAACAAAAAAUUUAAAAUGUACCUUAAUUGAAGGUACAAAUUUAGAUAAAGUAAGGCAAUUUAAUGACCCACCCGAAUAUUAUACAAAUAGAGUUGUUAGUGUAACUCCUAAAUCAAUUGAGUUUAUGAAACAUAUUGGAAGUUGGGAUUAUAUACAUGAAGAUAGAAUAAAACAAUAUGAUGGAAUUAUAGCUUAUGAUUCACAAGAUUCAGAAUCAAGAAUUGAAUUUGAUGUUUCAAAUAUUGGUAAAGAUAUGUUAGCAUCAAUGUGUGAAGUUAUAAAUAUUCAAUAUUCAUUAUUAACUAAAAUAGAAUCUUUAGAAGAUGAUACAAUUAAUAUAAAAGAUAAUAUAAAAGUAAUUGAUAUAAUAAAUCCAGUUGAACCUGAUAUGAAUCAUGAUUUAAAUGAAAUCGAUAAAAAUACAGCUAUACCCGAAUUAGAUUGGCCAAUUGUUAAAUUGUCUAAUGGAGAAUCAAUACAAACAAGAUUACUAAUAGGUGCGGAUGGUUAUAAUUCACCAGUUAGAAAAUUUGCUCAUAUUGAAAGUAGAGGUUGGCAAUAUAAUAAAUUCGGUGUAGUUGCUACUGUAAAACUUCAAUUUGAAGAUUUCCGUUCUGUUGGUUGGCAAAGAUUUCUUACUACUGGACCAUUGGCAAUUUUACCAUUAACUGAAGAUAAUGCAACAAUUGUAUGGUCAUGUACUCCAGAAUUAUCUGAUUUAUUCUUAAAAAUUAAUGAAAAAAUAUUUCCACAUUUAAUUACAGCUGCAAUGGUAUUAGAUGAAGUUGAUUUAAAUUAUAUAUAUGAAGUAUUAAAAGAAAAUCCAGAUGAUUUUUCAAUACUAAAAGAUAUUGAAUGGAGAUUAUCAAAAUUUGAUCCAUUAACUUUGGAACAGAAUUACCCAUUACCAGUAGUUGAAGUAAUUUCAAAUUCAAGAGCUAGAUUUCCUUUAAAGAUGUCACAUGCUGAUACUUAUAUUUCAUCAAGAGUUGCAUUAAUUGGUGAUGCAGCACAUACAAUUCAUCCAUUAGCAGGACAAGGUUUAAAUAUGGGACAAAGCGAUGUAUCAGCAUUAGUAGAAGCUUUAGAGAAAGGAAUGCAAAGAGGUAUGGAUAUUGGAUCACCAUUAGUUUUAGAAAAUUAUGUAUCAAAUGCAUGGCCAUCAAAUCAUAUGUUACUAGGUGUAUGUGAUAAAUUACAUAAAAUUUUUUCAACAGAUUUUUAUCCAAUUGUAUUUGCAAGAGGUAUUGGAAUGAAGAGUAUCAAUAUGAUUGAUACAGUUAAAGAUUUUAUGAUGAAACAGAUAAGUGGUAAAUAG